UUAAACGAAUCAACUCUAUGGGCUGUAAUGCAUCAGUAUCGGCAUCCUUUCGGCGUUUCCAGGCGGCGAAUUGAGCUUCUGUGAUAGGAUUGGGGUAUGGCUUCAUCGCAGGUGUUGGUUGUUGCUGAUUUUUCUCGGCCUCCGUUCCCAUUUUUCUCCGACGGUGUUUCCGCCGCAAUAGUAUUUUUUAUGAAAAUAUUAAAAAAAAGUGAAAUAUUAAAAAGUAAAAAGUUUGCAAAUAGGGAUUAACUCAUUUGAUAAACACACGAUCUUAAAUACAAGUAAAAAUGGACAAAUACACCCUUAUAGAGAGUAAUAGGGUAGAAUUGUAAAAAAGUGGGACUGAUUUUGGGAUUUUUGAUAGUUUUUAUUUUUUAAGGUGCAAAUUCUAUUUUUUCUGGAUACUAAUUUUGUAGUUUACUCAAAAACAAAUACUAUGUUUUAAUUUGUAUGGGAUGGAGGGAGUAUGAUUGAAGUAGAUAAAUAGAAAAUUUUAGAUUUACCCCAGUAGGUAUUCCUUCAGGGAAAUUAAAUUAAAAUAUGAGUUGGGCAUGUUGUUGCAUACAGCUAUAUCCUUUAAAGUAGCAUCCCAAGUCAAUUACGCAAAACCCAGUCAACUACUCCAACAAUCAUAACAAAUCCACUAAUUUCAAACAACACAACAGAAACAAACGAUGGAGAUUAUGGAGUCAAGAAUCUCUAUCCGGCCGUUCAAAGAGAGCGACGCCGACGACUUCCUGUCGUGGGCGGGCGACGACAAGGUGACCCGGUACCUUCGAUGGAACAGCAUCUCCACCAGAGAAGAAGCCUUAGCGCACAUCCAAAAGGUAGCUAUUCCUCACCCAUGGCGCCGCUCCAUCUGCCUCCACGAUCGCUCCAUCGGCUACAUCUCCGUGAGGCCGGAGUCCGGCGACGACCGCCACCGGGCCCACAUAGGUUACGCAGUCGGAAGCGGUUACUGGGGGCAGGGCUUCGCCACUGCGUCUCUCAAGAUGGCCAUCCCUUGUGUUUUUCAGAGCUUCCCAUCUCUGGUGAGGCUGGAGGCCUUGGUGGAGGAGGACAAUCUGGGCUCUCAGAAGGUUCUACAAAAGGUUGGUUUUGUGAAGGAAGGCUUUCUGAGGAAGUAUGGUUUUAAUAAAGGCCAGAUUAGGGAUAUGUUUAUCUAUAGUUUUUUGAGGGAUGAUAUCAACAUUUUAACCUAUGGAUCAUGAAUCAAUAUAUACUUCUAUAUGACUAGAUCAUUUAUUGAUGCCGUUUCCCUUUUUUGGAUUGUAAUUUUCCUAUAUAUAAAUAUUGUUUUACAAUAAAUUUGUAAACAAUUAAUGAGACUUCUAUUUGCGGACGGAUGAAA